GACAAAAGGAUUGGCAUGGAGAGCCUGUCACCUAGAGGACCACCUGGCCAUCCUCAGCAGGGGGAGGCCUCUGCCUGCUGGCGGCUCACCGUGAGGGUCCUGGAGGCACGGAGCCUGCCCUGGGCUGACCUGUUGAGUGAGGCAGACCCAUAUGUGAUCCUGCAGCUGCCAACCACACCUGGAACAAAGUUUAAGACCAAAACGGUCACCAACUCCAGUCAUCCUGUGUGGAAUGAGACCUUCAGUUUCCUAAUCCAGAGUCAGGUCAAGAAUGUUCUGGAGCUGAGCAUCUAUGAUGAGGACUCAGUCACAGAGGAUGAUGCCUGCUUCAAGGUUCUCUUUGAUGUCUCCGAAGUCCUCCCUGGCAAGCUGCUCAAGAAGACCUUCUCCCUGAGUCCCCAGGGAGAGGAAGAGCUGGACGUGGAGUUCCUUAUGGAAAAAAUGUCGGACUGCCCAGAAAACCUCAUCACCAACAAUGUCCUUGUGGCUCGAGAGCUGUCAUGCCUGGAUGUACGUCUGGACAGCACAGGGAGCAUCGCUGAGGGUGCAGGUCAGGACAAGCUGGAGCUGGAGCUGGUGCUGAAGGGGUCAUAUGAGGACACACAGACAUGUGCCCUGGGCACAACCACUGCCUUCCGUUUCCACUACAUGGCAGCCCAAGAGACAGAGCUGAGCGGGCACCUGAGGAGCUCCACAAGUAAUGGUGGGAACUGGGACAACCCAGCUGGGCACCUCACUGUGCCCCUGAGGCCCUUGGCUAUGGGAAAGGAGAUGACCAUCAAUGUUCCUACUACAAAUGCCCCAGGAGUGAAGCUGAAGUUCAAAGCAGAGGGCUGCUCAAAGGAGCUGGCCGUGCACCUGGGAUUCGAUCCGUGUGCGGAGGAGCAGGCCUUCCUGAGCAGGAGGAAGCAGGUGGUGGCCGCAGCCCUGAAGCAGGCCCUGCAGCUGGAUGGAGACCUGCAGGAGGACGAGGUCCCCGUCGUGGGCAUUGUGGCCAUAGGAGGAGGUGCCCGGGCUAUGACCUCGCUCUAUGGCCACUUAUUGGCCCUGCAGAAGCUAGGCCUCCUGGAUUGUGUGACCUACUUCAGUGGCACCUCAGGAUCUACAUGGACAAUGGCCCACCUGUACGGUGACCCUGAGUGGUCGCAGAGGGACCUCGAGGGACCCAUCAGACACGCCCGGGAGCAUCUGGCCAAGAGCAAGCUGGAUACCUUCUCCCCGGAGCGCCUGGCAAGCUACCGCCGGGAGCUGGAGCUGCGGGCUGAGCAGGGCCAGCCCACGACCUUUGUGGACCUGUGGGCCCUGGUGCUGGAGUCCAUGCUGCACGGCCAGGUGAUGGAUCAGAAGCUGUCAGGACAGAGAGCCGCACUGGAGCGGGGUCAGAACCCUCUGCCCCUCUACUUGAGCCUGAAUGUCAAAGAGAACAAUCUGGAGACACUUGACUUCAAAGAGUGGGUCGAGUUCUCCCCCUAUGAGGUCGGGUUCCUGAAGUAUGGAGCCUUCAUCCCUCCUGAGCUCUUCGGCUCUGAAUUCUUCAUGGGGCGACUGAUGAGGAGGCUCCCCGAGGACCGGAUCUGCUUUCUGGAAGGUAUCUGGAGCAACAUUUUCUCCCUGAACUUGCUGGACACCUGGUAUGACCUCACCAGCUCUGGGGAGGCCUGGAAACAGCACAUCAGGGACAAGAUCAGGAACAUAGAAAAGGAGCCCCCUGCUUCCUCAGGGACCUCGUGGCUGGAGACCUCAUGGCUGCAGCCUGGAACAGCACUGGCCCAGGCAUUCAAGGGCUUCCUGACAGGCAGGCCACUCCACCAGUGCAGUUCCAACUUCCUCCAGGGCCUCCAGCUGCACCAGGACUACCGUAGCCAGAAAGACUUCUCCACCUGGGCAGACUGCCAGCUAGACUCCAUCCCCGGCCAGCUGACCCCCCAGGAGCCCCAGCUCUGCCUGGUGGACGCUGGCUACUUCAUCAACACCAGCUGUCCCUCCAUGUUCCGACGGGGCCGCAGGCUGGACCUCAUUCUCUCCUUCGACUACUCCCUAUCCUCGCCCUUUCAGGUGCUGCAGCAGACUGAGCUGUACUGCCGGACCCAGGGGCUGCCUUUCCCCCGCGUGGAGCCCAGCCCUCAGGACCUCCGCCAGCCCAGGGAGUGCUACCUCUUCUCAGACCCUACCUGCCCUGAGGCCCCUGUCCUGCUGCACUUCCCGUUGGUCAAUGCCUCCUUCAAAGAUUACUCAGCCCCUGGUGUCCAGCGCAGCCCCGCAGAGCUCCAGGCUGGCCAAGUGGAUCUCACUGGGGCCACCUCCCCCUAUGCCCUGUUCAACAUGACCUACAAGGAGGAAGACUUCGACCGCCUGCUGCAGCUCAGCGACUACAACGUGCGGAACAGCCAGGGCGACAUCCUACAGGCUUUGAGGACCGCUCUGAAGCACCGGAGGCGCACAGACCUGAGGCUGCUCAGGGGCCCCAGGACCCUGAGGGCCACACUCUGA